AUGUUAGGCUUUCGAACUCUUUCGUGUCUUCAAGAGAUACCAGUUGUUCGUUCGUCAACGACGAAACUUCAAGAUGCAUAUUCCAAAGCUAAAGAUACUAGUUCAUUCAUUCGGCUUCCAUGUAGCCUUGCCGAAACAGUUGCUGAUAGAGCAUUGAAAGCUAUUGUGAUGAUUGCUAAUCCUCUGGUUAAACCAUUAUCUGGGCCCGUAAGUCUCAUCGAUAAUUAUGCUGCUGAAACAAUUCGUGAAAUCGAGCAUAAAUACCCUGUACUUAAUACGCCAACUGAAGAUGUCAUGAAUACAUUCCAUGCAAAAACGAAACCUGUUGUGAAUGUCAUGAAUUCGGUUAAGGAUACAACAACAUCAACAAUUCAACACGGCAAAGACGCGGUUUCUAAUGUUGCAACAGCCACCGUAAAUAAGGCAUCGGGUGUAGCUGAUUCUGUAUUCUCAUUUUAUGAAGUACACGUACCAAAAAUUCAACGUCCCAAUACUAACAAAAUAGCCGCUGCAACCAAUCAAAUUUUGUCCACUGUUGGCUCAUUGUGUAGUUCGGUUUGUGAAUCGUUCCAACCAUCACUAGUGUGGCUUAGACUUUGGAUUGUACAAGUUUUAGUUAAAACUAAAAAAACAAACGAUAUUCUAUUAAAUAAAAUAGAACAAAAACCAUUUUUAAAUAAUCUACCACAACGAUUAUUAACUGCAGCUGAUACUUUUUUGGAACAUAUUAUUGGACAAAUAAAACUAAAUGAUAGUAUAUCAGCUGAAUGGAAACAACCUCGACUAAACUCAAAACCACAAUCGGCUAAUCGUCAAUAUACAAAACCUAAUCUAUUUGCCACAAUUCGUAAAUAUGUUGCCAUUAAUGAACAAGAACGAAACGGAAUCCGUCCUGAUGAAUUUAGUUAUGCGUCAAGUAUGAGUGAUACCGAAGGAUUAAGAGCUCGUUCAACUUCCAAUGAUUGUCUUAAAUCGAAUGAUAAAGUGGAAGAUGAUGAGUUUAUGAUGGAGUCUGUUGAUCAUGUUCUUAGUGGUGAUAGUGAACUUUAUGACGCUCAAUUAUCGGCCGAUGUUUUACCUAAUUUAGAUAAUCAAGAAACAUUAACUGAUGAUCAACAAGAACUUCACGAUUAA